CAAUCGACAAACUUAUAAAUGCACUCGUUUUUACUCUGAGAGAUUUCAUUGCAUUGGAAAGAUAAAAGCCAAUGUAAAAAUGUAAAUGUUUGACCCUUUUGGCGCUAACAAGUGACAAUGUCGAGUUAAUCUGACAUUGACAUCGGAGGUGUCAAACUUGAAACUAUCACCGGGAAAGAGGAAAAUAAACAAGAAAUCUUUUGAAUAUUUAUUUGCUUUGGCGUUUUUUUGUGAGUUUCUAUUAUCCAUCCGUACAUAUUUAUAAACCACCAUGAACUUACAACCUAAUUCUUGGAAUCUGUGGAAGAUUUCCUUAUCAGUUUCGGCACUGUUGAGUGCAUUUUGUAUUACAAAUGCAGCUUUCUUUCCAAACUUGUAUCCGAAGUUAAAACUGGAAGCUAGAUCGAAGAAAGAUGCUGGUGAUCCUCUCUUGCUCACUCCGUAUCUCAAAAAAGGUGCGAUUUCACUUGCCCAAAACCUUUCUCGUGUAUCUAUUACGGACACCAUAGGCUUUCGAAGCCAUGCCGGUUAUUUCACAAUUGACGAGAAAUACAACUCUAAUUUGUAUUUCUGGUAUUUCCCGCCGUUUUCUAAGAAAGAAGAAGCUCCGGUCGUGCUCUGGCUGCAAGGAGGUCCAGGCGGUAGUUCUCUUUUCGGACUUUUCACGGAGUUAGGGCCGCUGUUAGCGAAAAAAGAAGGAUUCGCUCUUCGAAAAUAUCACUGGGCUCUGAAUUACCACCUAAUAUUCAUUGAUAACCCGGUUGGUACUGGGUUUAGCUUCACUGAGAGUGAAAAUGCAUAUUGCACCAAUGAAGACUGUGUUGCUAGAGGUCUAUAUGGGGCAAUGAAGCAGUUCUUCCAAAUGUUUCCGCAUUUGAAAGGAAAUGACUUCUAUAUAACAGGUGAAUCUUAUGCCGGGAAGUACAUUCCUUCUCUAGCCAUGGUCAUACAUCAAGAGAAUGCCAAAAGUAGUGAAAAAAUACACUUAAAAGGCAUGGCAAUAGGCAACGGAUACUGUGACCCAAAGAAUCAAUUAGAUUAUGGUCACUACUUGUACCAGCUGGGGCUGAUAGAUGAUAAUCAGCUGAAAAUAUUCCUUAAAUAUCAAGAUGAGAUUGCCAACCGAAUAGAUCAGAAAGAUUGGGUGCAAGCUGAUAUUCUCAUGGAUAGAUUAAUGGACGGAGAAUUGACAAACUUCUCUUACUUUAAAUACUUCACUGGGUAUGAAUACUACUACAACUACUUGCAAACUAGUGCAACAGAUGACAUGAUUGUGUUCACAGAGUUACUGCAGAAGGACAAUGUGAGACGCAGCGUGCACGUGGGGGGACGGCCAUUUGACGAUGGACAGCAUGUGCAGCUGCUCCUAGCAUCUGACAUGCUUCAGACUGUGGCUCCAAAAAUAGAGAAACUGCUAUCCCAUUAUAGAAUCAUGUUUUAUAACGGCCAGCUGGACAUAGUAGUUGCCUACCCACUUACAGUAAACUUUUUGCAUAAGUUGAAGUUUUCUGCUUCUGAAGAGUAUAAAAAUGCUAGGAGAGAAGUUUGGAAGGUUGGGGAUGAUGUAGCAGGGUAUGUCAAAAAAGCUGGUAAUCUUACGGAAGUAUUGAUCAGGAAUUCUGGACACAUGGUUCCUCAAGACCAACCAAAGUGGGCUUUGAACAUGAUUACGAGAUUCAUAGACAAUACUUUUGACUUUCCAGUUAUUUUUUAAUCCUGUCUGUUGGAAUAAAUGGUUUAUUAAUAAUU